ACGGCACCGUUUCUCUGCCCCCGCUCAAUCUCUCCCUGCGGUUUAAGUUAAACCCUAGUCCCAAUUCUCAGACGACGUUCAUCUGUGACUCUGGUUCUGUAGCUCUGGCUUGAUUGCUUGAUAAGUCCAGGUAUGCCUUUCAAAACCCACUCCAUCCGCGCAUAUUUCCAUUAUCUUAAAAACCCUAUAUGUGAUUCUUUCCCAAAUCCUCAAUUCAACAUUCAAAUCAAAUACAUUUCGAGUCUCAAAGUUGUAUGGCGCAAAGACCGUAAACUAGAUUUUGCUAUAGAGAAAGAUAAGCGGUACAAAGUCUGCGCACGAGUUGUCAAAGAGGUCCUAAACGAACCGGGUCAAGUUAUCCCGCUCAGAUACCUUGAGAAAAGGCGCGAGAGAUUACGCCUCAAUAUAAAAGUCAAAACUUUUAUUAAUCAAAAUCCAGGCCUCUUUGAUACUUACUACGACAGAAUCAAACCCAAAUCAGAAUCUGUCUUGUUUUUGCGUGCUAGUGAUCGGUUAAGGAAUUUUUUGGAAGAGGAGAAAAGGAUUCAGUUGGAAAAUGAGGGGUUGAUUGUUUCAAGACUCUGUAAAUUGUUAAUGAUGGCAAAGGAUAAGGUACUCAGUGCAGAUAAAUUGGUUCACGUGAAGAGAGAAUUUGGUUUACCUAACGAUUUUUUGGUCAAUUUGGUGCCCAAAUACCCCAAUUAUUUUAGGCUUACAGGGUGUCCUGGAGAGGGGAAAUCGUUUUUGGAGUUGGUUGAGUGGAACUCUGAGUUCGCUAAAUCGUUUAUUGAGCAAAGAGCUGAAGAGGAGUCUCAAUUGACAGGGAUUCGGGUUAGGCCUAAUUUCAAUUAUAAACUUCCACCAGGGUUUUUCCUGAGGAAGGAAAUGAGGGAGUGGGUAAGAGAUUGGUUGGAGCUUGAUUAUAUUUCACCAUACGAGGAUGUGUCACACUUGGAUCAAUCUUCACCAGAAAUGGAGAAGAGGACAGUUGGAGUUUUCCAUGAGUUGCUUUCUCUCUCACUGUUUAAGAGAGUUCCAGUCCCUAUAUUGGGGAAAUUUACUGAAGAGUACAGAUUUUCUAAUGCAUUUUCUAGUGUGUUCACUAGGCAUUCAGGAAUAUUUUACAUUUCAUUGAAAGGGGGGAUUAAAACUGCAAUGUUAAGGGAAGCUUAUAAGGACAGUGAGUUGAUUGAUAAGGAUCCGCUGCACGAAAUCAAGGAUAAGUUUGUUGAAUUGUUGGAAGAGGGGUGGCAAGAGAGAGCAGAUCAGCUGAAGACACAAAAGGAAGUGUUAAAAAAUGACAUGGAGAUGAUGGCGACGAGGAACUGGGACCUAGAUGGACAAGGGAGCAGCGAGGAAUCAGAUGGGAGAGAGUUAGAUGAGCAACCAGAAACAGAGGCGUAGAGGAAUUCAGACCAGAAUGGAGAAAAGAGCGAUGAGAAGUCUGAUGGGCAAAGUUCAAUCAGCAACUGUGAGUUUGCAAGUUAUUUUCUUAUCGGAAAUUAAUACUAUGAAUAGCAUUGUAACCUGAAUUCAAUUGAUGAUUUGUGGAUCUACAUGUACUUCAUGAUUCUUUAGAAGAGAUGUGUUUAUGCUCUGUUAUAGGUGUAAUGAGCAGUGCUUUUAACGUUAAUAUCUGUUUCUGGGGCAAUAGGAUUCGGUUUUCCACAUAUGUUUAUCACCGUUAGAAUUUCUUUUCAAGCAGAUACUUUGAUGGUGUAGGUUCUGGGUACAACCCUGUUGUUUAACCAUUAUUGGGAAAUAAAUGAUAAUAAAUCGACAUGAGUUCA